CUCGCGGGGCUUGGCGGAGGGAUCUGGAGGGAGCGGCCUCCGCACUGCUCGCCCUUCUUCGGCGCCGCCAUCUUGGAUUUUAAUCCGCCAUUUUUCCCCCCUUGGAAUUAUUAUUACUAUUUUUUUAUGAUUAAUUUCUCCCCCCCGCCCGCCUCUGGCCGGAAUCCUGGGCGGCGGAGGCUGCGGCUCGGGACCGAAGGGGCUGCGGGCGGCGGAGAGGAGGACCCGGGGGCCCCCCGAGAGGCAGAGGUACCUCCCUUCUUUUGCCCUGGGGAAACAGGCAUUGCUAGGACACAGGAAGUGAAAGAAGAGCCAGAUCCACAGGGAAGCUGAACUACAAUUAACUUCUUAAAGUCUUUAGAAGAAGGACUAAAUGCAACGGGGACAAAUUGUCUGUGGGAAUGAAGUGGUUGGGAGAAUCCAAGAACAUGGUAGUGAAUGGCCGGAGAAAUGGAAGCAGGUUAUCUAAUGAGCACCAUCAGAACCAGUCCAAAUUACAGCACCCUGGAAAAGAAAAUCCAAAGACUGGCAGAAAUGGAGUUGAGAGGCGGUCAAGCAGAUGUAGUGGUGGUUCGGGAUUUGAAGGCCAAAGUCGCUACGUGCCUUCCUCUGGAAUGUCUGCCAAGGAGCUAUGUGAAAAUGAUGACCUAGCAACUAGUUUGGUUCUUGAUCCAUAUUUAGGUUUUCAAACACAUAAAAUGAACACUAGACUGGGAUCCCAUUUCCAAGACACUUCAAUGCAUAUGCAAAUACAGAUACUCCAAAAACCAAAACAUCCCAGGAAUUUCAGGUUUCGACCAAUCAAAGGAAGGCAAGAAGAACUGAAGGAGGUAAUCGAACGUUUUAAAAAAGAUGAGCACUUGGAAAAAGCCUUCAAGUCCUUGACGGCAGGUGACUGGGCCCGGCACUAUUUUCUUAACAAGAACAAAAUGCAGGAAAGAUUGUUCAAAGAACAUGUCUUUAUUUAUUUGCGAAUGUUUGCAACUGAUAGUGGAUUUGAAAUAUUACCAUGCAAUCGAUACUCUUCAGAGCAAAACGGAGCCAAAAUUGUUGCAACAAAAGAGUGGAAACGUAAUGACAAAAUAGAGUUGCUGGUCGGAUGCAUUGCUGAACUCUCUGAACUAGAAGAGAAUAUGCUGCUCAGACAUGGAGAGAAUGACUUUAGUGUUAUGUACUCAACCCGAAAAAACUGUGCUCAGCUAUGGCUUGGUCCAGCUGCAUUCAUCAACCAUGAUUGCAGACCCAACUGUAAGUUCGUGUCUACUGGUCGGGAUACGGCAUGUGUAAAAGCUCUACGAGAUAUUGAACCUGGAGAAGAAAUUUCUUGUUACUAUGGGGAUGGGUUUUUUGGAGAAAACAAUGAAUUCUGUGAAUGCUACACAUGUGAAAGACGUGGAACUGGUGCUUUUAAGUCAAGAGUGGGGCUUCCUGUUCCUGCUCCUGUGAUCAAUAGCAAAUAUGGACUCAGAGAAACAGACAAGCGUUUAAACAGGCUGAAAAAGUUGGGUGACAGCAGCAAAAACUCAGAUAGCCAGUCUGUAAGCUCCAACACUGAUGCAGAUACCACUCAGGAAAAAGUUCAUGCAACUACACGCAAAUCUUCAAUGGGCAUAAAAAAGAACAGCAAAAGUAGAACAUUGACAAGGCAGUCUAUUUCAAGAAUUCCAACUUCAUCAAAUUCUACCUCAUCAAAACUAACUCAUCUAAAUAAUUCCAGGGUACCAAAGAGACUGAAAAAGCCUGCAAAGCCUUUACUUUCAAAGAUAAAGUUGCGAAACCAGUGCAAAAGGCCAGAGCAGAGAAACGCAUCCAGGAAACUCGAAAUGGGAAACUUGGUUCUGAAAGAGCCCAAAAUAGUCCUGUAUAAAAACUUGCCCAUUAAAAAGGAAAAAGAUGCAGAGGGACCAGUGAAAGUGGCCAUCUCUAGUGGUUGCUUAACAAGACAUGCAGCACGAGAAUACAGACUAAAUUCGGGGAAAGGUGCUCAUGAACCUGGGGAGGUAUCACCCUGUACAUAUAUAACAAGGAGGUCAUUGAGAACACGAAUGAAUCUGAAGGAGACCUCUGACUCAAAGCUUGAACCAAAUACGCUGAAUAGCUAUAAAAACAGUUUGAGUGGCAUGCGAACUAAUGGCUUGGAGCAGCAAUCUUGUGUGAUGCAGGAGAAUGAGCAGGCUCUUGUUACAUCACAUAACAAGGGGGAGGGUAAGUGUCCGAAGAAUGACAGGGUUGCGGCCAAAAAGAAAUCCCGACAAGGGAGACUAGCGAAGCCAUCUAUGAAAAUGGAGGAAACUGAUCCUGUACAUAACUCACCUGGCAAUGACACCAUGCCAGAUUUGAUCAGUUCCCAUUCUGACGUUGGAGAGAUUAACAAUGUCAUGGAUUCAGCCAUUGGAUAUAACGACUGCAUCCCUGUGUCAGGUGGCUGUUCCAUUGUAACUUCAGACACUUUCAAAGUAAAGAAUCGCUUUAGAACUGCAAAAAGCAAAAAGAAAAGGCGAAUCACAAGGUAUGAUGCACAGCUAAUUCUUGAAAACAGCUCUGGGAUCCCCAAACUGACUCUGCGGAGGCGGCAUGAUAGCAACAGCAAGACAAACGACCAAGAAAAUGAUGGAAUGAAUUCUUCAAAAAUAAGCAUUAAGCUAAGUAAAGACCAUGAAAAUGACAAUAACUUAUAUGUAGCAAAGCUUAAUAAUGGAUUUAACUCAGGAUCAAGUAGUAGUUCAACAAAAUUAAAAAUACAACUGAAACGAGAAGAAGAAAACAGGGGGACGUACUCUGGUGACCUCCAUGAGAAUGGGGUGUGUUGCAAUGAAUCUCUGUCUCUGUUGGAGUCACGAGUGGAAGUGGAUGAUUAUAGCCAGUAUGAAGAAGAAACUGUGGAUGAUUCUUCAUCUGCAGAAGAGGAGGAGGAGGAGGAAGAUGACGAGUAUGAGGAUGAUUUUGAAGAUGAUUUUAUUCCUCUUCCUCCAGCUAAGCGAUUAAGGCUUAUAGUUGGCAAAGAUUCAAUAGACAUUGAUAUUUCUUCCAGGAGGAGAGAAGAUCAGUCUUUAAGGCUCAAUGCAUAAGCUUACAGGUCUUAAACUGAAUAGGAUGUCCAUUUUUUAAAAAGAAAAACAAAACAAAAAAUUCCAGUCUAUUAUUCCUCAACUGAUGAACUUUCUGAAAAUGUUAGUGGAAGCACUUCUUUAUUGUUUAUUCACUUAUAUCAACAUAAUAUUGUAGAUAGUGUACAGCAUACUGACUCCUUAAGUCAUUUGUGCAGAUUUUUAUUGUACUUUUUAAUAGCCUUCUUAUGUGCAAUUCUGAGUUAGAGAAAAUGCUCUAUUGUAAAAUAAAGGCUCAAGCAAAAUUACAAAACCGCCAUCAGAUUUUUCCAUGCAGGAUAAUGAAAUCACAAUAAUGAGGCUACAUAAUAAUUUUUAAUCUGUGAGAGCAUUAUUUUGCUCAUAUAUCUGACUAAACAAUCUAAAAAAAAAAUCAUAGUAGCAACCUAUUAAGAUUUUCUAGUAUGUUAAUAUCACCAGCAAUGAACUACAGCUUUUUGGUUUAUUUGCUAGAUGUUUUUCCCCCUUGAAGUUUGUCAGUUUUAACACUGUAUGCUGUCCCCAGACGUACUGUUUGUGGCCUUUGUUAUAGUAGCAAACCGUUGGUUUGAAGUCAAAUUGAUUUCUUAAAAAAGGUGUUGACAGUUUGCUGACUUUUAGUACAUUAUAUGUACAAGGGUAGCAGUAUGCAGAAUACAAGUUUGGAUAUGGUGUAUUUAUUUCUUGUUGAUGUAAAUUAAACACCUUGUAUUUAACACUUUUUCGAUACUUUUAGAUAAAAUUGUUCUUUGCAAGAA